AUGGCUAGUUCAAGUAUUGCUCGUACUACUUUGGUGUGCUCCUGGCUCUUUACUGCUCUUGCAACGCUCUCCGUCUUAAUCCAGGUUUUACACAUGCAAAAAAGACAUUCCGUUGGCCUGGACGACUAUAUUUUAUUCAUUGCUUUCGGCAUUUCGAUCCUUCUUGUCGCGCAGACGACAUGGGCAGUGGUCGACGAGGGCCAAGGUGUGCCCGAGUCUGAGUUAUUGGGCCAUCCAUAUGAUGACUUUAAGAUAGUUGCGAAGAGCGUGUUUGCAAACGAGAUCCUCUGGGGAUGCGUCAAUACCCUACUUCGAGUUUCUGCGCUUAUCCUCUCACGCAAACUGUUUGGUGUCAUAAACUGGGCACGCCUAUUAACAGACAUCGGAAUAUUUUUAAAUGUCGGAUUUUACUAUCAUUUUCUGUCGGGGGCCUUAGUGACAGUUCUCCGUCUGAAGGAGCUACAUCUAGUCUCAUCAACAGACUUGACAUAUGGCAAAGGCUAUCUGAGUCUUCUAUCAAACGUGGGGGCCUUGACUGGGAUAAUAGGCUGUUGUGGACCUGCAUUAUCGGCCUUUUUUGGUCAAUAUCACCGUACCAUGUUCCAGCGCACUGCUACGCGAAUUGGAUCUAUAUACAACGCAGCAACAUCUUGGUUUGAGCCCAGACUUCCUACGUUAUCAUUCAAUGACAAAGUCUUUGUAUCAAUUCAUGAUAACCCCUCUAUCAAUGAAAUUGAUCCCAGCACUCUCGAAAAGCAAAUAUCUCCCUUCACAGGAGCAGAUUCAAGAGAGCCAAAUUGUCCAUUGUCCACUGAAGUUCAUUCUACCGCAGAAGAGGUCAAUUAUAUCUCCUGGGCCGAUAAAGGGUUGGAAGCAAUGGAGGAGAUAGAUAUCACGGAUUAUGAUGGCAAGGAGUGA